CUUUUUCAGGUCUUUUGUCUCUGAAGAGUGACCGUCGAGGACUUUGAACAUCCUAAUUCAAUAAUCUAUUUUUUCCUCAAGUAAUGGACAUUUGAUUACUAUUUUUGCCUCCAGUUUGUUCCAGAAGGAAAAGCUAGUUUUUAGCUACCACAACCCUGCCCAUAAAACCAGUUUUUCCAGCCAUAAGAUUGUUAACGUUAAAACAUGACGGUUAACGAUUUAAAACUGAUGUAACAAGAUAUCUGUUGCUGUAAAGCACAAUAUAAUAUAGUUACCCGAGACGCUGAGGAGAGGUAUUUAUAGUAAGUGUUGAUUUUCAAACCAAUCUGAAUCUAACGUUAAAUUCAUUAAAUGAGAAAUCGUUUAGUCGCAAAAAGGUGUAGUCCCUGGUCCGCUGGCUGGUCUCCGUGCGGGGCUGCUGUUUCCAUUAGCGGAGCUGCCGCGUUAGUUUAUGAGCUCACACAGGAAAGUGCGGAGUGGAAACGCUCCGUUUCUUUGUGUGUGAGACGGAUCAACAUAAACUGUAUAACAAAUGUUUAAUUUAAGCAUAAGCAAUCUAUUCAUAAAGAUUGCCGUAGGUUAAGGGGAUAUUUUUCUCCCUCUGCUAAAUUGAUAAGAUAUCCUUGGAAUUUACACCUACCGCAAUCUAUACAUAAAGAUUGCUUAGUUUGAGGAUUACGGAUUUCACUGGAAAAAUUGGUCAUUUGUGGUUGUUUUUUACGCAUGACAUUGUAUCGUCGAUAUCGUUAGAGCAGGAAAUUUCCCCAGGUGUCCGAUAUUUAUACGGCAAUCUGAGGAUAAAGAUUGCAGGAUGGAAAUGCUCAUUCGAAAUAUUGUACAAGGCAGACUGGUUUCGUUGGAAUUACAUCAAAAUGGCGAGGUAGUUGUGUCUUUUCAGAACACUCGAGGCAGCAGUGUAUGUUUUUCUGGAGCGACAGGAGUUGACUUCCCUGAAUAGCGGAACGAGUUUCGUCUCGAUGUAGCUGUUGUGGUUCGCCAUCGUUCGUUAUUUUGUAUAGGUAGUAAAUGAUCAUCCGGCGCUGCUAAUGUGAUAGUAAGGCUAACUGUUGUGGCGAUGAGGCUGGCAUACAUUGUUCUUUAUGUUCUCGAGGCUGGCAGCCACGAAGCAGUUAACAAAAGAGGGCAGGGCCUAGAUAUAGUUUCGGUGGAUCACGGGUUAGCUCCCCCUAACCAGAACUAGUCAUUGAACAGGAUCUUUAUUCUAGUGCUAGGGUAGGGCGUGCAAUACAACGACCGAUGCAGAGCUUGUCUCUUAAAAAGGCUGCCUGCUGCAUGAUAUUCUUAUAUAACCAUCAUGAACAUUGUGUGGGUGAAUGAAAGGCAUAUUCAAAUUCAUUAAGUUGAUUAUCUACAGGCUGUUCUUUCCCAAUUUAUUUUACUCCAUAGGACAAAAAUAUGUAUUUUAUUUAAUGGUGAUUGUCAACCAUGGAUAAGAACAUUGUUAUGUAAACAAAACAUCACUGGUAUAGGCAGGGCUUUGAGCUAUUGUGACAGAAGUAUUUUUUAUAUUCUAGCUAAAUGAUAACAGGUGUUACUGUUUUCAACUGCAUUAUAUAUUUCAGUAAAUACACCAAAGCCCUUUUAUGUGUGUAUGAACAUUAGUUUACUUGACAUCUAUUCCCCCGUUGAAUUGUUCUUUACUAAGCUCAUGUCUUCCCAAUAACUUCUUUCUAUUGACUGUGAGUGUGUAACAGUUGUGACAUUUUCAGGAGUUGUGUGUUAUGUCCCGUGUUGUGGAGUUCUGAGACUAUAUAAAACUUCUACUACAACAGUUAAACGGAGCAGAGAUGGCGGUGGGCCCAGUGGACCCCAGAGAGGUCCUGAAGGGGGUAGAGAACCUUCUGGGGAAAGAUGGAGAGCUCCGCAGCCUGGAGGGAGUCACCAAAGUCUUCAGUCUCAUGAAGGCCUCUCACAAGAUGGUGAGCAGGUGUAUGUACCUGAAUAUCCUACUACAAACCAAGUCCCACGACAUUCUCAACCGGUUUAUCCGAGUGGGAGGCUACAAGCUGCUGAAUACGUGGCUGACCUACUCCAAGACUAGCACAAACACCCCCCUGUUACAGCUCAUCCUGCUAACGCUGCAGAAACUGCCCCUCACUGUAGACCACCUGAAACAGAACAACACUGCCAAGCUGGUCAAGCAGCUCAGCAAGACUGGAGAGACUGAGGAGCUGAGGAAGCUGUCCGCUGGGCUGGUGGAUGGCUGGAUGGCUACCAUUCGCUCCCAGAGUGUCUCCACCACCUCUCCUGCAGAUAAGAAGCGUAAGAAGGAGGAGGGGAAAGUGCCAGUCCGAGAGGUGAAGGCAGCUGAUGGAGGGAAGGCAGCGGAGGAGGAGAGGAAGAGGGAGAAGCCCAAAGCUCACGCUCCCAGCCAUGCUAAGAUCCGCUCCAUAGGCCUGGAGAUGGACGCUCCCACCCCAGUCCUGGUCAAGAAGCCCCCCGUGGCCCUCCAGCUGGGGGACAAGUACAAUAUCAAACCAGCCCAAGUCCUCAAGAGACCCAGUUUUGGUCCUCUGGACGGUCCCCCUGUGGAGAAGAAGUACAAACCACUCAACACCACUCCUAACCAGACCAAGGAGAUCAAAGUGAAGAUCAUCCCAGCACAACGUAAGUCCUCAACAGAAACAACCCUUGAGGGUACCGGCUUCCUGGAUGCCCUAAACUCCGCCCCUGUGCCUGGCAUCAAGAUUAAGAAGAAGAAAGGGAAGGAAGGUAGAGACCCCAAAGCUGUCUCUCCCACAUCAAACAAGCCAUGUCAAUUCGAGGGUAAACUCCCCUACCUGUCGCCUCAGGGCGGUGCCAAACCCUUGUCCCCAGAGACCCAGACGGCCUCCACCACCCCUCCCCACGAGGUCCCUGUAGACCUGGAGCAGCCUGGGACGCCGGUCCCUGCUGACGACCCCGAGGCCAUGGACACGGGCAGCGAGAAGCCCAACGCCCUGGCGGAGCCCCGCGGUGAAGAGGACAGUCAGCUGACCAAGAAGGGCAAGAAGAAGAAGAGCGUGCGCUGGGCCGAGGAGGAACAGCUCAAAGAGUACUUCUACUUCGACCUGGACGAGACCGAGAGAGGUGAGAGAACAAAAACUAACGUCAACGUCAACAAGAUCAAGGACUUUGGCGAGGCGGCGAAGCGCGAGAUGAUGAUGGACCGCCACACGUUUGAGAUGGCGAGACGCCUGUCCCACGACUCCAUGGAGGAGCGGGUACCUUGGAGCCUCCCGAGGCCCCUGGCCCUCACCGGCCCCCUGGUCAAUGCCGGGGCCAACAGCACAGAGAGACUCACACAGAGGGACCGUGAGACUGGCAUCCUGCAGGAGAUUUUCCUCACCAAGGAGAGUGUUCCUGACAGCCCCCAUGAACCAGAGCCUGAGGCCUACGAACCCAUGCCUCCACGCCUCAUACCUUUGGACGAGGACUCCACCAUGAUGGAGCCCAUGGACACGUCGUCCCAGCCUGGCUCUGGCGUGGGCCCCGGAGGGGUGGAGGCCUCCAAGCUGCCACCCGUCCUCGCCAACCUCAUGGGGAACCUGGGGGCCAACAACCUGUUGGGCAACCUGGGUAACCUAGGCAACCUCGCCCAGGGCACGCCUGGUGCCCCCGCUGCCCCCUCCGUAAACGUACAGGAGCUACUCACCUCCAUCAUGGGAGCUAGUGGUGGUCAGUCUACUGAGGACCUGAUCAAGCAGCCAGACUUCUCUGAGAAGAUCAAACAGCUGCUGGGCUCUCUACAGCAGAACCAGGGCCCCCCCACUGGCCCCCCGCCUGGAGUGAGCCAUGGCCUGUUGGGCCACGGUCCAGGCAUGAACAACCUGCCCAACAUGGGCAUGCCCAUGAACGGAGUGGGUUUCCCUCCUGCAGGCAAGCCCCCGGGCCCCGGAGGACCCCACUACAACCACCCCCCGCCCCCACACAACCACGGACCCCCUGGCUUCAACGCUAACCCCCGCAUGAUGGGGCCCCCGCCGCCCCAGGGCCACGGAGGAGACAACGGCAACUACUGGGGGGACGACUCGAUGAGGGGGGGGCCACACCGGGGGGGACACUUCCACCGCGGGGGCCGAGGGAGAGGAGGGGAACAGGUGGGCUUCAGAGGGAGAGGACGUGGAGGACCUAGAGGAGGACACAACAACAUGGGAGACAUGUCCAAAAGGCCAGUGUGUCGCCAUUUCAUGAUGAAAGGAAACUGCCGUUACGAGAGCAACUGCGCUUUCUACCACCCCGGCGUCAACGGUCCUCCCCUGCCCCCCAACCACCCCGCCCACAACCAGUACAACGACCACGGGCCACAGCACGGGCACUAGACCACCCAACACACCACUGACACCAAUACGUGACAAUACCAUUUUAUCACCACUAGGUGGCAGAACUCUGAAUUAAACUCUGCUGGUUUGGUUUCACCACUGGGACAAAGGUGCAGAGAGACAGAUUGCCCACCAGGCUAGAAAGACAUGGUGAAAGACAAGCCAAUAGAUAGACAGACAAGGCAGUCCUGCCUUAACAAUUACUCUGCACGGGUCUGGUGAUGUCAAUGUGAUGCUUCUGCAGGUCUGUUGAAGAAGCAGUUCUGCUACUGUUCUCCUUCUGUGUGACUGGGACUUUGAUAUGAGGACUCCCCAGUAGCAGAGGAAGAUACUGAAUGUACAGGGCAGAAUCAGACAUGUCUCUACUACUUCCUUUUCUUCUCCACACACCAACCUAAGAUGUCCACCAAGAAAUGCUCAACUUCCUACAUCCAUUUGUUUGCCCUGCUCGCUCAAACUCCCUCGAUCAGGGAUAGAGGACAUUGCUUGUACGCAAGAAUACACACACACACUCAUGUCCCAGCUUUGGAAAGUAUAGGUUCUGCUAUAGCUGUGAGAUGAUCAUUCAUAUGUUGAUGUAGAUGUUUUAUUGUGAUCAUUUUUAACACUGUUGGUUCAGGUUGAUGAUGUACACUAACCACACACUAUGACUACUCUGGUUGCUGUCUGUCACUGUCCCAUAUAGCCUAUCAGCUAUCCCUGACUUAUGCACUAAUCUCCUAUAUAUUUAUCUGAUAGUGAUUUAUCAGCACUGAGCUAAGAGGUGAGCAAUGAUCAAGGUAGAAAAUCAAUAGAAACAUCUCCAGCAUCUCCCCAGUAUUAAGUCAGACUUUAAGUAUGGAGUCAGACUUCUUUAAGCUAAAUUAUCCUUCCAUCAUUCUGCUCUGUAGUUGUGUAGUGCCAUCCCUGCCCUGGGUGUCCCUAUUGGCCCAUGUUCCUCAGACAGACAGGAUCUGUAGCCAACCUUCAGCUCCUGAAUGAGUCUAAGCCCCGCCCUCUCUCCUGAAUGAGUCUAAGCCCCGCCCUCUCUCCUGAAUGAGUCUAAGCCCCGCCCUCUCUCCUGAAUGAAUGUUGCACUGUGUUCAACUGUGGUCCCUGGAGUUUUCAAACUGUAGUCAGACGUGGCCAAAUGACAAUGCUCAGUACACCAUUUUAAAAGCUAUUUAUGGCCAAGUGUGCUUAUAGAAAAACAUGCCACUUUUUCUACCGUAGGAUUUCAACAGAAAACAAGACGAUGAAUGUAAAGGUGACCAAAUAAUAAGAAUAUUGUUUGAUCUUUGCAAAGUUCCCCAUAGGCAAGAGUUAUCAGUGAGGAAGUACUUUAAAAAGGACCUAAGUGUAAUGUAUAAUGUCCCCCCAUUCCCACCACACUGCUUGUGCUGUGUUCUACUACUAUCUAGCUCUAAAAAAGACCUGACUCCAACAUUUCCCCUCCACAACAAAUGGAUGAAACAGUAUUGAGAAGAGAACAUUUAACAGAACCCCCCCUCGAUGUUUGGCCUAUGCACUGAACCAACGCUGCCUGCAGGCUACAUGUUGUUUUCUACUGGUGGGCGUUAGUGGUCUGCAUAUCACAGGAAAGGGAACAACAGGGCCAAGUGGUGCUUGAUUUGACUGAGCCUUUUCACCAAGAAGGUACAUAACAGUGAAUGAGGGUUUUCCUUUCUGAGGUUCAGUUCAGGAAGCCUCUGAUUAUAUUUCAUCAGCUUUAUAACAUGUACCACUGAGCGUAUCUUGUCUUUCAUGUGACAUCAUGAUGGUCAAAUGUCCCCCUGUAUGCCACGUGACAAACACAGUCCCAUAUUAGUGUUUCUCCACACACACACAACUGUGUUGGCUUCAGUUGGGUGACGCGUGUUCAGUCCGUGUUCUAUGUACAACGGGGUAAAACUAUGGAAUCAUUCUCUGGGUCAACUAAUUCAAAGUGUUUUCUGUGAAAACAGUGGCCUUCAUGUCUCUUGUGGGACUAGAAUUAUGUUGUGUUUUUGGUUGGAUUUAUUGUGUGUUUAUUUUGAUACAAUUGAGUUGGAUCUCUCCAAAAUGAGGUCCGUUUUGUUUUGUUAGAAAUGUAUGUAUCCAUGUGUCUGUGAAUGCAUACAUGCAUUCAUACACAUAUAUACAUACGAGUAUUUUGUACAUGUCUUAAUAAAUGUCCUAAAAUGAA